CCUCUGUGUUGUUUUUUUUUCAAAAACAGUGCUCAACGGCUACAUGUCAUUGUGAAAUAGUUUAUAAAAUUCUUCAAGAUGACAUCGAGACACACUCCACUAAAAGCAAAACCUACAAGAAGUGAAUCUCGAUUAGAGAGUAAUGCAACCACAUCCAAAAACCUGACACAUUUGAAUUCAAGUACUGCGUCUGACCUACGAUCGACAACAAAAACAACGCCAAAAACAAACAAGUCAAAGUCAACAACUGCGCUAAAUGCUUGCUACACCCCGAGCUCGCUGUACAAAAACCUCGGAGCUACACCAAAGUCAGCUGUGAAACGUUUCGCUGCGUCCUUGGAUUCGCCCAAAACGACUCCCGAAUGUUUUUCGAAAGUUUCGUUCGAGACACCAAAACAUUCGGUCAAUAAGUCACUGAAUGACGCAUUGAAAUGCAAAGACAAGGCAGAAAUCAGUAAUUUGAAAGUGGCCGUUCGUGUUCGGCCGAUGAAUGCACAUGAAUUGAAAUCAACUACGUCCCGGUCGUGUGUUACGGUCGUGGGUAAUGAAGUCAUCGUUUCUACUGGUCAUACGGCAGAUGGUUCAGCUGGAGUUAGUCAUAGCUUUAACUAUGACGAUGUGUAUUGUUCUCCUAAGCGCCAGCAACACUUGGACCACAACGAUCAGUUUACAGUAUUUAAAGGAACCGCCUUGCCUCUGGUUGAUGUAGCUUUUGAAGGAAAAAAUUGCUGCCUGUUCGCUUAUGGCCAAACCGGUAGUGGGAAAUCUUAUAGCAUGAUGGGAUUAGAUGACGAUAUCAAAAUCAGCUCAUCAUCCGAGGCCGGUAUUAUCCCCCGAUUUUGCCAGGAAAUAUUUCAACGCAUCGACGAACUGAAAGACAAAGUCCAUGUCGAAGUGGAGGUCAGCUAUUUUGAAAUUUACAACGAAAAAAUUCACGAUCUCUUGGCCAUAUCGACAAACCUGUUGAACACGUCAAACCAAAGAGAAAAGCUGCGUGUUAGAGAACAUCCCCUGGACGGACCGUACGUAGUCAAUCUAUCCACACAUCCGGUCAGCUCAUACACGUCGUUGCGAAAUUGGCUGUCGCUCGGAAACAGUCAUCGUGCCACAGCUGCAACCGGAAUGAACGAUAAAAGUUCCCGAUCGCAUUCCAUCUUCAACAUUGUAUUGAACAUGUCGGAUAUAAAUGCGAACGCUACCGUCGGAGACAACGUUCAAACGAAACGCAGUAAAAUUAGUCUAGUCGAUUUGGCCGGUAGCGAACGGUUGAGUCAGACAUGCACAACGGGUGAUCGAAUGAAGGAAGGUGUUAGUAUCAACAGUAGUUUGCUCAUACUUGGAAGAGUCAUUGCUGCAUUGGCUGCAGUGGGCAGCUUUGUUCCGUAUAGAGAAUCGGUGCUGACGUGGUUGUUGCGGGAAAAUCUUGGCGGAAAUUCUCGUACGGUUAUGUUGGCCACCAUAUCACCUGCGAGCAUCCAAAUGGAUGAGACCAUUGCAACGCUUCGAUAUGCUUGCCAAGCUCGUUCGAUUGUGAAUCGUGUCAAAGUUAACGAAGAUCCCCACAAUCGUCAGAUUCGUGAGCUGCGUGCAGAAGUCGAACGAUUGCAGGCUCUGCAUUUAGACUAUGAACGACAGAAUCGGCUGUCGACAUCGACACCAUCACCGCGAAAAAUAAUUAUCAACGUUGAUGAGCGUGAGGUGGCUGAGCUACGGCAACAGUUGAGAGAACGGGAGAAAGAACUUGCGCAGGCACAACGUUCGUGGAUGGAUCGGCUGAAAGAGGCGGAAAAGUUGAAAGAAACUGAAAUGAAAAUGUUGAAGCGAAAUGGCUUGGCAUUGCAAUAUUCGGAUGCACUAAAGCAGCCGUGUCUUGUCAAUUUGGCUGCUGAUCCGAUAUUGUCGGGAACGUUAUUGUAUAUCUUGCCUGCUGGAAAAUUGAAAGUUGGACGAUCGGAUGCGUCUUCUUCACAUCAACCAGAGAUUGUUCUCGAAGGACCGCUGGUUGCAUCCAAUCACUGCUCAAUCGAGAACGUCGAUGGAAAGCUAUUCAUUCAACCGGAGGAUGAGGAAUUCGAGACAUUUGUGAAUGGUGAGCUAUUAAAGGAGAGAAGGCAAAUUUUUAACGGAGAUCGGGUGGUCAUUGGUGGCUCACAUUAUUUUCGAAUUUCCAAUCCAAAUUGUUCACAUCAUCUACAGGAUACGCUGGUCGAUUUUCAUACGGCCCAUCAAGAGAUUCUAAAAGAACAGGAGGCCCGUUUACGCGAGAAACUGGAUGCAGAAAAAUUCGCAGCAAUGCAGGAAAUGCAGAUGAAGCAUCUGCGAAACGAGAACAAUUAUUUGGAUAAAAUGGCGAAGUUGAAAAUGGAAAAAAUGCAACUCAAAUGCUCCAAGAAAAUGCUGGAAUCAGAGAAACGCGCAAUCGAAAAUCAAUUGGAACUGCAAAAAGACUCUUUUGACUAUCAGCCGUAUCAGUCGACUUUAUUGGACGAGAUUCCGAAAAUCUUUCAACAUUCCAGCGAACAGUUUUUGCAUCAGACCAAGUUGAUGGUGAAAGAAGCCAACAAGCGCUGCCAUGAUUUCAAUAAAAACAUAAAAUUCGUGCAAACUGAAGUGGCUGACGAAGAAGGAAUAUUCAAGACGGUCAUCAUUAUCGUUGACCGUGAAAAUAAACGUUCAUCGGAAUGGCCACCGGCUCGUCUAAUGACAUGGUUAGAUCAGAUACGUGAGAAUCAACUGACCGCAGAAAAUUUAUUCGACUUCUGUACCAUCGACUGGACCGAGUGUGACGAUGAAAUUCCCGUGAAUGAUUCACUAAACGAGAGUGGAAUCUCCCUGAAUCUGAGCGCAAUGAAAGACGCCAUUUUCGGCAAAGUACCGGAACAGAUGAUGUCCACGAUUCGAAAUUUCGUUGGCUCACCAUUCGGCGGAAAUAAGAACGACGAUGGAUCGGUGCUGAAAGAGGCCAUCACAAAUUCACCGAACCGAACGCCGAAGCAUAACGAGUCGUUGAAGAGCCGAAACCGACCGUCCAGUAUGAAAAACAGUGCAACGACACCCGUUAAGGAUGCAUCGCUCGGAACCGUUGAUUGGAGUUUCCUUCAGCAGACGGACGCUUAUUUGCAUGAUUUGAAGAAAGUGACCAACAAACUGAAGAAAUUGUGCUACAACUACAACAACGAGAAUCAAGAGGGCGGAAUCAAUGCAUCGGUUACCAAUGUUUUACGUUCAACGGAACAGAUCGAACAAAUUACGAGCGACAUUCAGGCGGUGCUUGAUGAGAAUGGACGAAUCAAAAGUCCGAAAUCUGUUCGAUUUUUAAACGAUAAGUGAUGUCAUUGAUCUCAGUUUCAUUUCCUGUUUUUUAACUUUUUAUUUUUAACUUUUCGUGUGCGUAUGAUGAGACGACGACUGUCAGGCUGUAGAUAAAUUAUACAUAGAAAAUUUGUGGAAAAUAAAAGAAGAAAAUC